AUGAUAUCCCAUGUAGUGGAAUACAGUUGUCAAUAUUCAGAUCAAAUUAGGAAGAAACACAAGACAUGGCACGAUGGUAAAUUGAAGUAUUAUGCAGCAAAUAAUCGAUUCAUGUUAUAUCCCGAGGAAAGUAAUGUUCUCAUUUCUAGUAACUUUAUAACGAAUUCAAGAGAUGUGUCUACGAUAUUGGAUGCUGAAGGGUUCAAUACUGUUGAACAUAAAAUCUUUAGCAGAGCAGUAGUUAUAAUUACAGAAAUGUUAUGUGAAUAUGACAGGGAAGUGCAAAUACAAAAGGCCAAAGAAUCCCCCAUAUUACAUAUGCAGAGAAAAGAUGAAAACAUCAGAAUAUUGCAGGAUAAUUACAGAACAAGUAAAAAGGAUUCAUUUUUGCAAAACGGUCAAAAGGACUUAAGGAAACGUAUUUUAAUUAAAAAGGAUUAUAUAAGAUCAAAUGAAACAGGAAAUAUAUCUCUAGCAUUAAAGUUUAAUAAACCUUUCAAACCUCCUGGUAUGAAGAAAUCCAUUCGAUCUUUGGAGAAAGGUAAUCAACGUCCAGCUAUACGAAACUCCAAAAUUAUUUUACAAAAUAACCGUGUCAAAAAAAAUAAAAAAGGAACUAAAAUUAACCACGAACAUACCGAUGAGAUCGAAGAGUCUACAAAACCAAAAAUAUCACCUGAUAAGAUAUACUUAAUCACCAAAGAUAAUGAAAUCUCACAGAUAAAGAAGAACUGUCAUGUUCGUAUUACUGGCAACUCGAAAAGAAAAAAAAUUGACCAUACUCCAAUAAUCUUAUGA